AUCUGUCUUCCUCCUCUUAUCCCUGUUCUCUGCUGCUAAAAUACGCUCCCGCUGCGCACUUUCAUCAACUCCUGCUGCACCCGUAUUCUUCCCCACAACAGCACAUCUGAAACGCAGAAAGACGCGUACAAGUGAAGAACCAACCAUGGCCACAAUCACCAUCCUUGUCUCACUCUUAUUUAUCUGCACCCCUUUGUUAUCCUUGGCUGCUUCUGCCGAUACUGAAGCCGAGAUUCGGGCGCUCACGGUUUUCAAAGCCAGCCUUCAUGACCCGCUGGGGGCGCUCAGCGGCUGGGACCCGUCGACCCCCUCGGCGCCUUGCGACUGGCGGGGUGUGUUUUGCUACAACGGACGAGUUAACGAGCUGCGCCUCCCGCGCCUCCGGCUCACCGGUGCACUCGCCCCACAAAUCUCUGACUUGCGCAUGCUGCGCAAGUUAAGUCUCCGCUCCAAUUUUUUCAACGGUUCCAUCCCGUCAUCUCUUGCCAAAUGUGUCCUCUUGCAUUCUGUUUUCCUACAGUACAACUCAUUUUCCGGCGCCCUGCCGCCUGAAAUUUCGAACCUCACCAACCUCCAAAUACUCAACCUCGCCGGGAACCAACUAUCUGGGGAAAUCCCCGGCGACCUCCCCACAAACCUCCGGUACUUCGACGUCUCUUCAAACUCAUUCUCCGGCGGAAUACCCGGAAGCAUCUCGAAUGUUUCACAGAUCCAGCUCAUCAACUUAUCCUACAAUCACUUCUCCGGUGAGAUUCCGGCGAGCAUCGGGCAGCUUCAGGGGUUAGAGUACCUCUGGCUGGACUACAACAACUUGCAAGGUACAUUGCCUUCUGCAAUCGCUAACUGCUCGUCUCUCUUGCAUUUGAGCUCCGAAGGCAACGCCAUUGGCGGCGUAAUGCCGGCGGCGAUUGGAGCUCUUCCGAAGCUUGCUGUCAUUUCUCUGUCGCAUAACAAUCUCUCGGGUGUAUUACCCGUUUCGAUGUUUUGCAACGUUUCGAUUUAUCCGCCUUCUAUUCGGAACGUUCAGCUGGGGUUUAAUGAGUUCACAGGCAUUGAUUCGGCUGAGUCAGCAGGGCCCUGUUUCAGCGUUUUGGAGGUUCUAGAGCUCCAGCACAAUCGAGUACGCGGUAGUUUUCCUUGGUUUUUACUGAAUGUUACUACAUUGACAGCCCUGGAUGUUUCUGAGAAUGAUUUUUCGGGUUCAAUACCUGUGGAGAUUGGGAACUUGCGGAGAUUGGGCGAGUUGAGGAUGGCGAACAAUUCAUUUAGGGGUGACAUUCCUGUUGGGAUCACGAAUUGUGGGAAUUUGAAAGCUUUGGAUCUUGAGGGAAAUCUGUUGGCCGGAAAACUUCCUGAUUUUUUGGCUGAGCUCAAGGCAUUGAAGGUUUUAUCGCUGGGUGGAAAUCGGUUUUCGGGUUCGAUUCCCUCUGGCUUCGGUAACCUUACUCAGCUGGAGUCACUUAACUUGAGAGAUAAUAGUUUGAAUGGAAGCCUGCCUGAGGAAUUGCUCAGCCUGGGCAAUUUGAACAUGUUGAAUUUGGCUGGAAACAAAUUCUUUGGGAGUUUGCCCACGAAUUUUAGGAAUUUAAGGCAACUGUCUGUACUGAAUUUGAGUGGCAGUGGUUUUUCUGGUGCUGUUCCUGCUAGCAUUGGAAAUCUGUAUAAGCUGACUGCUAUUGAUUUAAGCAAACAGAAUUUCUCGGGGGAGUUGCCGGCUGAUCUCGCGGGUUUGCCUGACUUGCAAGUGAUUGCAUUGCAGGAGAAUGGUUUAUCUGGGGAUGUUCCUGAAGGUUUCAGCAGCUUAAUGGGAUUGCGGUACUUAAAUCUUUCUUCCAAUUUAUUUUCUGGUAAUAUUCCCUCUACAUUUGGAUUCCUGAAAUCCUUAGUAGUUCUGUCGUUGUCUAAGAAUCACAUUUCUGGUUUGGUUCCUUCUGAGCUGGGGAACUGUUCAGCUCUUGAAAAUUUGGAUUUGCACUCGAAUUCUUUGAGCGGCCGAAUUCCAGCUGAUCUCUCACGUUUGUCACGCUUGAAAGCGCUUGAUUUGCGUAGGAACAAUCUCACAGGUGAAAUACCGGAAGAGAUUUCUAAUUGCUCAUCGCUAAAUUCUCUUAAAUUAGGAGAAAAUGAUCUUUCUGGUAAUAUACCAGAUUCAUUAUCAAAGUUGUCGAACUUAACCACCCUCGAUAUCUCCUCAAACAAUUUGACCGGCGAUAUUCCGGCAAAUCUCGCACUCAUCUCAAGCUUGGCCAACCUCAAUGUUUCAAAUAAUAAAUUGGAAGGUGAGAUUCCUGUUGCUGUGGGUUCCAGGUUCAACAACUCUUCAGUUUUCAUGGGUAAUCAGGCCUUGUGUGGGAAGCCACUGGACAAAAAAUGCGAGGAAGCUGAUAACGGUGAUAAGAGGAAUAGGCUAAUCUUGUUUAUUGCUGUGGCUGCAAGUGGGACUUUGUUGACAUUAUCCUGCUGUUGCUUCUACGUUUACAGUCUUUUGAAGUGGCGCCAGAGGCUCAAACAAGGGGCUACUGGGGAAAAGAAGCCUAGUCCAGCAAGAGCAAGUACUAGAACAAGUGGCGGUCGUGGCAGUGGGGACAAUGGAGGUCCCAAACUUGUCAUGUUCAACAACAAGAUCACAUUGGCUGAAACCAUAGAAGCAACAAGGCAGUUUGACGAGGAGAAUGUGUUGAGCAGAACGCGAUAUGGGGUAUUGUUCAAGGCAUGUUACAAUGAUGGAAUGGUGCUCUCUAUUCGCAGGCUCCCUGAUGGGUCACUGGACGAGAACAUGUUCAGAAAAGAAGCUGAAUCACUAGGCAAAGUGAAGCACCGGAACCUAACGGUUCUUCGUGGAUAUUAUGCCGGCCCUCCUGAUGUCAGGCUUCUAGUCUAUGAUUACAUGCCCAACGGAAAUCUAGCCACAUUGCUUCAAGAAGCGUCGCACCAGGAUGGCCAUGUCCUGAAUUGGCCAAUGCGGCACCUAAUUGCACUGGGCAUCGCGCGGGGGCUUGCCUUUCUCCACACCGCUGCAAUGGUCCAUGGAGAUAUCAAGCCACAAGACGUUCUCUUUGAUGCAGAUUUUGAAGCUCAUCUUUCUGAUUUUGGCCUAAACAAGCUGACCGUAGCAACCCCAGCAGAGCCCUCAACAUCAACAUCAGUGGGAACGCUAGGCUACAUAUCGCCAGAGGCAGCAGUAACGGGCGAAACUACGAAGGAAUCAGAUGUUUACAGCUUCGGCAUCGUGUUGUUAGAGCUACUAACGGGGAAGCGGCCAGUGAUGUUCACUCAAGACGAAGACAUAGUGAAAUGGGUGAAGAGGCAACUGCAGAGAGGGCAAAUAUCAGAACUGUUGGAACCAGGACUGCUGGAGCUAGACCCCGAAUCAUCAGAAUGGGAAGAAUUCCUGUUAGGCAUAAAAGUGGCCUUACUUUGCACUGCACCAGACCCUCUAGACCGACCCACCAUGGCCGAUAUCGUAUACAUGCUCGAAGGCUGCCGGGUUGGCCCCGAUAUGCCAUCUUCCGCCGACCCCACCUCCCAAGCCUCACCUGCAUGAAAGGUCACACAAUGCAACAGCAAGCGGCCCAAAAAUCCAAUUCCUUCCACAAAUUUUUUUCUUUUUUUCUUUUUUUUGCCCUUUUAGUGGGGUAUCUGUUAGUGGAGUAAAUUUUUGGGGGGGAACAUUAAAAAAAAAAAUGUAACGAUAGUUAGAUUUGAA